UGAAAGUGCGUUGCGUGAGGACUUCUCGCGCUCGUCUGUCACUUUAGGUCGCUGCGUUGGUGCUGGUGUCGAGACUCUCUUGAACCAUGAGAGUGUGCGUGCUGCUCCCCGCCCUCGCCCUCCUGUCACGGGCCAGCUGUCAGUGCCUCUCCUCCUCCGACACCUCGCCGCCCCCGCGGCUCCAGAUUCUCAAGAAGACGACCCCCUUCAGCCUCGACUUACUCAAGAAGGCUCUCCCUCCGACGGGGAACUUCUUCAUCUCGCCCUUCAGCGUCUGGAGCGCCCUCGUCCUCGCCUACUUCGGCUCCCGAGGCAACACGAAGGCGGAGCUGGAGCAGGUUCUGCGGCUCACCAACAGGGAGGACACGCUCGCCCUGUUCAGGGCCCUCGAACGGCGCUAUGACUCCCAAGAAGCAAACCAGAACUACACCAUCAACUCGGCUAACAGGAUAUACUUCGACCAGUCCAUUCCCGUCCGAGAAUGCGUGGGAAAAGUCCUCGACGACAAAGUGAAGUUAAUAGACUUUAAUAGGCUUAAACCUCGGGCGCAGUGUGAAAGCCUUCCGUACAAGAGGGCAGAUCUGUUCAGCAGACUUACUUUGAUCUUGAGAGUAACAGAGAAAGCCUUCUGUGCUACAGUUCUGUUGCCUAUAAAAAGAGCAUUUGAAGUCCUUUAUAUGGAUUUAGUUGUCGUAACACAAAUGCACAUCCUCAUGCUAUAA